AUGGCAGCUGAAGAGUACUAUACUAGAGAUGUGGAAGAUAUACUGGUAGUUAUGCGUCAACAGGAGAUGACAACAUAUCGACGGCGGAAUUAUCUCUCUGGCAAUGAGGGCUUCGCAACUCACGUAGUGGACGGGGCGUGGCGACAACGUAUCGUGGAAUGGAUGUAUGGAGUUGUGGACCACUGCUCACUCCGACGUGACUCAGUAGCAAUCGCUGCUUACUACCUUGACACAUGCGUCGAGAAAGGAUUGGUUGAAUCUCGUCAGGAAUUUCAGCUCGCCGCUAUGACUGCUCUCCAACUCGCAAUCAAGCUAUACGAUUCAACUAUGGUAAAGCUCGACAGUAUGGUAAAACUCGGUCGAGGUUUGUUUACUGAACAUGAUGUUGUUAACAUGGAGCGGAAAAUAGUUAGUUCGCUCGAAUGGCGCUUGCACCCGCCGACAUCAAUCUGUUUUCUGCGACAGUUUUUGCGGCUACUUCCGGCGAGUGUCGCCCCGCCUACACGGUAUCUGAUUGCCGAGGUCGCGCGAUUCAUUGCUGAGAUUUCAGUAUGUCUAUGCAAGUUUAUCAGUCUUCCUCCUUCGAUGAUUGCGUAUGCCGGGAUGUUGAUUGCCAUCGAGCGGAUCGAUGAGACAACUUUGACAGUAGACCUUCGGGAUCAGAUACAUGGUGCCAUGUCGAAGAUCGCCGACCUUGAUCACAAGUCGAUCCUACUAAUCGAGGUAGUGAGUAUGCUCCAUCAGUCAUUAGAAAACAAUGUCAGCUUGCGAGAACUCAUGAACACAAUCGGUGCUCAGUGCCAGGGUGGAUACAGAAAGAUUGAUUCCAGCGAGUUUGGGCAGUUUCAGACAAGCGGUGCCCACUCCCCUCGGGACGUCCGCGAGGGGGUCUAG